UAAAGGUGUCACGUGCUUAGCAGUUUAGUUCCUGCCAUUAAUUUCAGGAUUCUAGUCUUGUUUCUCUGUUUUUAAAGUAAAGUUGAGAUGGCUGAUCCGGAAUUAGAGGCUAUUCGUGCUCGCCGAAUGGCCGAGCUUCAGAGACAAAGCGGGAUGUCUAACAGUAAUCACCGUAGUAAAGAAGAGACAGAACAGAAACUUCAGCAACAAGAAGAGCUGAGAAAUUCAAUAUUGUCUCAAGUAUUAGAUCAAUCAGCCCGAGCUAGAUUAAAUACCAUUGCAGUUGCUAAACCAGAAAAGGCUAAAAUGGUUGAGAGCAUGUUAUGUCAAAUGGCAACAAGUGGACAGAUUGCCGGAAAGCUUAGUGAAAACCAUCUAAUUAGUCUAUUGGAACAAGUUAGUGAGCAGACGCAGCGAAAAACAACAGUAAAGUUUGACCGAAGAAGAGUUCAAAUGGAUGACUCUGAUGAUGACUAUUAAUUAUAUUCAUAUUCACACCUGGACUUAUACCAUUGGCUAAUUUUUUUCCCACUUGCUUUCUCUUCAAUUAUAUUCUAAAAAACAAAACAGGAAUAAAUCUGUAUUUUUUUUUCUAGA